AUGCCUCAACAUCCAAACCGUCACCUAACAGACCAGGCUGAUCUGUUAUAUACCAUCAAUCACGUAUUUCUGCCCCUCAAGUUGCCGCAAGGGAGCGACCAUUCCCUUGAGAAUGACCUGGCCUUAUCUCAGGCAAUAUUUGAUGCUGCUCUCGCCUUCAGUGACCAACUGCCGUCCGAUAAGUUGGUGCUUUGGUCGAGCAGCUUGAAAAUGCUUCGCAAUUUCAAAGAUUCAAUCAGAUUUAGCGUGAUGUCUGCAAAGGAAGUCGAAUCUCAAGUCAAUAGUAUGGACAACAACGAUGUCCUUGUAUAUAUGAUUCGCGCACAAAACGCUGCGGUGGUCAUGAGGAAACUCGAAUCUGAGACCAUAUUCGAAUCCUUCGAGAUGUCUCCUGACCCCACCGCAGUGAUGGGCGCGAAGGGGAGGCUGAUUUGCUCAUAUCCCGGACCUGCCAUCACAGUUCCGGACACCAUUGCUAACGAUGCCACUUUCCAUGCUGAGUUGGCAAAUUUUCUCGCUUGCAUGGAUAAAGAUGUCCUUGAUGCAGCACCAACGAGGAAAAAAGCCAAAUCCACUGUUCUAGAAGAGAGGGAUACAACUCAUCCUCGACAUAUUACAAAACUCCUGACCAGUAUACUACGUGGCCUUGGGAGCAUCGCGGAUGUUCCUCGCAUCCGCAAGCGCAUCGGAGAUGAUGUGCUGUGGGACAGCGCGAAAUUGCCGUGGAGGCGGUCUCCACUUUGGCUUGUUAUUCGCGUUGCCUUACAGACGACUCUGGAGCGCGGUGCUCUUGGACGAAUGACGUAUAAAUCGUUCAUGCUGUUUUUCAUGGCGAGGCUCACGACCCUUGCCCUCGACCAUGACUUGUCGAACAACAUCCUACACUUCAUGUCGGCGAAGAUCGCACGCCGCCUUUUCAAACUCGGAUCCUCUGCAUCUCCGCAGUUGUCGCAGAUGAUCAGUAUGGUCACCGGUGACGUAAGGAGCAUCCUAGAAGAGAGAUGGGGAUCUGUUCAAGACGCGCAACAGGUCUCGCCUCCUUGGGCUCCCGAGAACCUCCAGGUCUUGCGAGAUGCCCAUCUUUCUUUAAACACAAGCCGAAAGUACAUACACCAAGUCUUGUACAACCAGCAUUCAUCCCCUCAACGAUCCCCAUUCGAUCCCAGCCAUCACGUUGGAGUGGUGCCGUCGUCUCGUGGUUCUCUCGGAAUCGUCCGUAUGGGGUCUUCUGCUCUACCCCUGCCCUAG